CUUGCUCUCUGUUGUGCUUUCCUUGCAGUUGGCACGCUACGUGUGGAGUUUUCCCAGCCUGUGAACCUGGAAGAAGUGGCGAGAACAAACCCUGAGGUGAAAACAGGAGGUCACUUUGCUCCCAAGGACUGCACAGCACUUCAAAAAGUAGCAAUUAUUAUACCAUUCAGGAAUCGCGAGGAACACCUGAAAUACUGGCUCUAUUACCUACACCCAAUUCUUCAAAGGCAGCAGCUGGACUAUGGAGUGUAUGUUAUCAAUCAGGAUGGAGAAGAAGAAUUUAACCGUGCUAAACUGCUGAAUAUAGGAUUCGCAGAGGCUUUGAAAGAGUAUGACUAUGAUUGCUUUGUGUUUAGUGACGUAGACCUAAUCCCAAUGGAUGACAGGAACACCUACAAAUGUUACAGCCAGCCAAGGCACCUCUCUGUGUCCAUGGAUAAAUUCGGAUUUCGGUUGCCUUACAAUCAGUAUUUUGGAGGUGUGUCUGCUCUGAGCAAAGAGCAAUUCACAAAGAUCAAUGGCUUUCCAAAUAACUACUGGGGUUGGGGUGGCGAAGAUGAUGACAUUUAUAACAGGCUGGUAUUUAAAGGUAUGGGAAUAUCUCGGCCAGAUGCCGUCAUUGGGAAAUGCAGAAUGAUUCGUCAUUCCAGGGACCGUAAAAAUGAACCCAAUCCAGAAAGGUUUGACCGAAUUGCUCACACGAGGGAAACAAUGAGCUCUGAUGGCUUAAAUACACUAUCAUACAAAGUGGUAAAAAAUGACAAAUAUCCUUUGUACACGAAGAUCACAGUGGAUGUUGGCUCGCCAACUAGCUAACAUCAGAGACACGAGAGACCUUGUGUGUGUUGCCCAGGGCAUCUGGCCUCACUGAUGUUUUGUAUCUACUGGUUCUUUUGCAGUUGCAAUGAAGAAAAAAAGGCCUCUUUUGGCAUGCCAAAGCCUCUCCAAAUUGGUUGGACAAAUACAUUUUUUUUUAUUCCAAACUUGACUUUACACAACUUUCUAGCUCUCCAUUGUUUUGUAAGUCCAGAAGCUGUACAUAAGGGUUGUAAAUAUUUACUUUGCCAGAUAACGUUGAAUCUGAGAUAUUUGCUACAGGGCUCCCCUUGUUAAGAUGUUUGCUGGACCAAAUUUUAUUGAUUACAACUGUGAUGCGUCAACAAUUACUGCCCAUGUUAUUCUGAUGUUUUAAAUUAGGUAGAUAAAAAAUUGCUUUUAAUUCGUGCCUGGUUUUACUUUAUGAAGGACUGUAAAAUGCUGCUAAAAUUGUACAAGUUUACACUUUGCAUUAGAUUUUUUUAAUGGAGACAAUAUCAUAUAUUUUUCUCUAAUAGUGACCAAAACAAACACCUUCUCUGUCUGUGUGCAGAGCAAGUUUUGAAUAAUAUAAUCUAGAUUCAAUGAAUGUCAUAUUUCUUCUAGUCUCAAAGGAGGCUUUGAGGGAGUUGAGCCGGAACUUGCCAGUGAGCUCGGGUGUAUUGGGUGGGAGCAACACAGAUGGUAUCUAUUCUGUGAUCUGCAAACCUGCUGGCUUCAGAUUACCUUACUUCUGGAUGUGAUGGUGACUUUUUGCCAUAACACAACAAGAUACUUACUUGGGGAUAUCUUUUUCCGCUGUGAUAAAGACAAAUGGGUUUAAUUGUGUGAUGAAAUUUGCUGACACUUGUUAACAGUGGUAAAAACUUAUCACACUAUUUAAACAUUAUCUGCAUCUUCCAAAAACAGAAUUGUGCUUGCCAGGUUGGGCAUAAAACUUGAAUUCACUAUUACUUUUGUUGUUGUAACAUUUUAGUAACUUUUUAAAGUAAAUUGUAUAUCAUAAGCAGUAUAUUUAAUAUCUGAGUAAACUAGGGUGCAGUGUAAUAGGAUGUUUCAAAGCCUCCUAUAUCUUCAGACUAGUAGGCUUUUUAUGUGCAUCAUUAUGUAAAAGCCAUGUAUAGUAUUUGCUCUGCGUAUUUGUCCAUGAUAUCUCCUGCAGUGCCGAGAUAUUCGCAGGACGGCGGACAUCCAAUUGAUUUUCUUUGUUGGAAGCCUGUUGUGAUGUCUGUCCUGUAGCGGGAAAUUCCCUUUUAAUUUUCUCAAGCGGUGAGGGACAUGCACGUUUUAGAGUACUUAUUGUCAGUGCACCAAGGCACCAGCAGUAGCUGUAUGGACACCAUGCUUUUCCUUCUUGUAACUGUGUGAAAGCCUCACAUGCUGAUGCCCUCAGAGCUCCUUUAAAUGAUUUAAAACUCUCAGCCCAGACUGAGAACUUAAUCCCUUCCGGGUUUUGGUGAGUGUUUUGCCACCAGCUCUGACCACAGCAAUUUGCACUUCCUUGGCCUGCGCUGAAGGCUAUUGAAAUCAGGGACACUUGAUAUAUUGGGGAUCGUCUUCAGCGCUACCUGUUCUUUGUCAUGACCUGAAGGUUUUGCUGAACUCUUGCGUUGCAGAGGGGGGGACCCGGGGCAGGGGAUGAGGGUCUUGCUUUCCAAACUGUCAGGCAUGCUGGAUACUGCCUCCAAGUUUCUUUUUAGGCUAAUAACAGCUCCAAGUGCGAACGGAGGCUCUAAUUAUUAGAUAUCCAGUUGCCUGUUAUAUCUCGUUUCUAGAACAAGUUUACUCACCUCACUUAAAAGACUAUUGCUAGUCAGAAUUACUGCUUCCGCCCUGCUGGGAGCUCUUGGAGGUCGACUUGCGCAUCUGCUGAGCUUGGCAGCAGGCAACAUUGAGGCUCAAGAAAGCAGGCUUGUAUUUAUGAGCAGCUCUUUUCUGCUUCUUGUCACAUCAAAAAAAAUUAUGCCGUUUCGACAAGCCACGCUCCAGCUCUGGCAGGUAUAAGGGGGUACAAGAGUAGGAUGUGUUACACAAAUUAAGUUAAAUUUCUACCUGCAAACCCUUGACCUAGCCAUAGUCUGUGCCAAUAACGGAGACACAGGUGAGGAUUUUUUCAAAGGUACCUUAGAAGCAGGGCCCCAGCUCCCACACGUGGCAGAUCAGUACCGAAACUCAUCAAGGCUCCGCUGAAAAUCCUGCAGAGAUCCCCCCCCGAUAUCGCUCUGAGCCUUUCGUAAGUUGAGUUGGGACCUUCAGCCACGGUCAUGUCUGUCUGUUCUACAGACUAUGCAAAGGGGUUAUCUGUCGUAUUUGAUGUUUGUUUGUUCGUUUGUUUUUCCUUGCCUUAUGAUUUUCUGAAGAUCAGAAAAAUUUAGUGUAGUGAGUUUUUGUUCUGCUGUAUGCUGAAAUAAUUGAGUAUCAUCCAGGUGGCGUGAACACUGUUUCUGGCUGUUGCAAUGAAAGGUUUCUGUAAAUGUGCCUUGAAAGAGGGGAGAAAUGGAAACUGGAAAAACAGGAAACCUGAAAACUGUUUUCAGCACGGAAACAUUAGUAGUGCAAGCAACUGUCGCUUAGUUUUUCUUCUAAUGCUAAAGCCACCAGCCAUUUAAAAGCUGAAACUGUCUGUCCUUAUUUGUUUCACCCUUUGGUGCUGACCCAUGGUUUCCUGAUCUCAUUGUGCCUGUGUAAACUGUGUAGGUCAAACUUGUGAAACAUUCUUGAUUCAACCAGGCCAUGAAAUUUCUCUCUCUGGGAUUUUCAGGAGCCUUUGCUACAAGAGUUGAUGUUACACAGAAGUAAAUUUUGACCAUGACCUAUACUGGGUGGUAUUUUUCCCGUUCAAGUACUCCCAGCAACACUCAGUGAUACUGUGUAUAAGGGUUCAAAUCCAGAACAAAUAGCUGCAAAGGAAAUGCUAAUGGUGGGUUUCUUUGGGAUUGCUGGUUGGGAUAGGGGAGGGUCCUGACAGGCAGCUUUUACCCUGGAUGUUACUUAUUUACUGGACUGCUUAUGGGUUUCCUAUAGAUGGUUUUGCUUUGCAUUUUUAUCAUUUGUAUAUCAACAGAUGUAUAAUCUGAUAUUCCUACUUUACUGUCAAUGUCAAAUAAAGUAUUUUCAUUUACAA